CGGAGGUUUGCCGCCGGACGCGGGUGGGGUCGCCGGCGAUGCCGACCGGUCAGGGGCCCGAGGCCAGCGUUGCUGUGGCCACCGCGUGGCGCGCGAGGGAGUCUCGGCAACGUGGGCCGCUGCUGGCCCGACGGAGGUUGAAGUAAGACUGCGCGCAAGGGCAGGGGGAGGACCGGGCGGAGGCCUGCGGCGCCGGGCUGCGGUGGACGCGUGAGCCCGAGCGAGGCAUCCGGGCGGCCCGCGGCCCGCGGAGGAAGGCGUCUGGUGGUCCAGGCGCGGCGGUGCGGGUGGCGCUGUGGAGGGACUUAGAGACGGGACGUUGCGGGCGUCCGGCAGACGCCGAGUGCCGUGGAAUGCAGUCCGUUUUGAGCGCAGGUGGAUGAGGUACAGGACCUGGUGGUGUUUGAGGAUGUGGCUGUGCAUUUCUCCUGGGAGGAGUGGGGUCUCCUUGAUGUGACUCAGAGAAGCCUGUACCGUGAUGUGAUGCUGGAGAACUUUGCACUCAUUACCUCCCUGGGUUGUCUGUGCAGCGUGGAGGAUGAGGAAGCGCCUCCCAAGCAGGCGAAGAGCUGCCGAGCUCACCGGUCAGAGAAGCCUUCUGUGCGUGGAAAGGGUGUGAAGGGUGGUGCAGCCAUCACGGGCCUCCCCCAGCAGCAAGCCACCCCUAGGAGGCUGUGCAGGAGCACUGCACACAGGUCAGUCUUCCCACCCGGCUCCAGCGGUGGACAGCAGCAGGGCGUCCACGCCGCUCAGAAACCCUUCAAGUGCAGCAGCUGCGGGAGAAGCUUCCUGAAGGCCUUUGCUCUCCUUGACCACCUGAUAACUCACUCUGAAGAGAAGCCUUUCAGGUACCCAACAGGCAGAGCUGCCUUUGAGGAGAAAUCAGCUCAUGCUAAUCACCGAAAAGUUCACACUGGAGAAACAUCCCAUGUGUGUGGUGAGUGUGGGAAGGCCUUCAGUUACCCUUCUAAACUGAGGAAGCACCAGAAGGUUCACACAGGCAUAAGACCUUUCAAAUGCAGUGAAUGUGGUAAAACGUUCAACCGCAAAGACGCGCUUGCUCUGCACCAGAGGACUCACACUGGAGAGAGGCCGCACAAAUGCAGCAGAUGUGGGAAGGCCUUCAGCGUUCUCUCCACCCUCAUCCGGCACCAGAAAGUCCACGUUGGAGAAAGGCCCUAUGAGUGCAGGGAGUGUGGGAAGUUCUUCAAAUACAGCAGCAGCUUCAUUCUUCAUCAGCGAGUUCACACUGGAGAAAGGCCUUUUGAGUGCAAGCAGUGUGGGAAGACUUACGUGACCCGGUCUGGCCUGUAUCAGCACUGGAAGGUCCACACUGGAGAGCGGCCCUAUGAGUGCAGCCUGUGCGGGAAGGCCUUCACCACCAGGUCCUACCGCAACCGACACCAGCAGUUCCACACGGAGGAGCGCUCUUAUGAAUGCACACAAUGCGGAAAGGCCUUCAAGCACAGUUCUACCCUCCUGCAGCAUGCGAAGAUCCAUGCUGGAAAACGGCCUUCAGAAGUCAGGGCCUGUGGGAAAGCCUUCAGUCUCUAGGACCUUGCCCGGCACAAGAAGAAGAUUCCAGAAAGGAGGUCAAGAUGGCCUUUAUGCUGCAUGUGGUGCGCACCUGUAAUCCCAUCCUCCCCAGGGAGGAUGAAACAGGAGGAUCACAAGUUCAAGGCCAGCCUCAGCAACUUAGCAAGACGCUGUCUCAAAAUAAAAAAUAUGAAAGGGCGUGGGAUGCGGCUCAGCAGUUAUAUGCUCCUGGGUUCAAACCCUAGUAUGGGAAAAAAAAAAAGGGCC